CUAAACGCCAUGCAAAUCUUGAUGAUGACUACCCAAUUUCGCACUCACAAUUUUCGAAUUACACAGUGCCAUAAACCCACCUUUCUUUUUCUAUCCUCUCUGUUUUUUUCUCUAUUCAUUUUCUUACACAUUACCUUAUAUCAAUACAUCUUCCCAAAAUUCAUUCAAACUCUUGUAUAUUACACAAACCCACUACCAAAAUUCAGUUAAAUUCUGAAAAUAUUACCUCAAACUAUGAAAUUCUUCACUACCCAAAUCAUAAAUUGAAUGAAUAGAAGAAAAACAUGGCCUUAAAAAACAUUAGUUUGGUUUCUAGCAGUUGGGUUUUGUUCAAUUGUGAUGGAGAAAGCAAAGUUUUAGACUUGGAUAAGUAUUCUAUUCUUAGAAGAUUAAGAAUUCAUGCUAGAGAUUUGAGGAUUUUAGAUCCUCUUUUGUCAUACCCUUCAAUUAUUUUGGGUAGAGAAAGAGCUAUUAUUGUUAAUUUGGAGCAUAUAAAAGCUAUCAUCACAGCAGAAGAGGUAUGGCUUAGGGAUCCAUUUGAUGAAAAUGUGAUUCCAGUGGUUGAGGAGCUGCAAAGAAGGUUGGUUACUUCAGGUGCUCUUUUGGAAGGGUUUGGAGAGGAGGAUGAGCAAGCUGCUGAUUUCCCAUUCGAGUUCCGGGCAUUGGAAGUAAUGCUAGAAGCAAUUUGUAGCUACCUUGAUGCUCGUACCACGGAGUUGGAAACGGAUGCCUAUCCAGCUUUAGAUGAGCUUACUUCUAAAAUUAGCAGCCGUAAUUUGGAUAGAGUACGUAAAUUGAAGAGCGCGAUGACAAGGCUGACAAAUCGGGUUCAAAAGGUCAGGGAUGAAAUUGAACAGCUCCUAGAUGACGAUGAAGAUAUGGGAGAUCUUUACCUGUCAAGAAAAUUAUCGCGUAAUAAUUCACCUGUCAGCAUCUCUUGGGCCCUAAAUUGGGGUCCUACCUCACCUGCUUUCCGAUCAAAGGUAUCCAGAACAAGUCGAGCGAGUGGAAUAUCGAAUCAUGAGGAGAGCGACGUGGAGGAACUUGAAAUGCUGCUUGAGGCUUAUUUUAUGCAAAUUGAUAGCACAAUGAACAAACUAACAACUCUUCGUGAAUAUAUUGAUGAUACAGAGGACUACAUAAACAUUCAGCUGGACAAUCACAGAAACCAGCUGAUUCAGCUAGAGCUUUUCCUUAGCUCUGGAACUCUUUGCUUGUCUGUGUAUUCCUUGGUAGCUGCGGUAUUUGGCAUGAACAUCCCAUACACAUGGAGGGAUAACCAUGAAUAUUUAUUUAAAUGGGUGGUCAUCCUCGCGGGAAUGGCAAGUGGAUCCGUGUUCAUAUGGAUAAUGACUUAUGCUGGUCAUAAAGGUCUGAUUGGGAUUUAAAUGAUGAAAGUGAAAAAAGGCGCAGAGAACAGUCAUGGGGUGUCUAUGGAACAAUAAGAUGUGUAUUUUUAAGGUUGAAGGACCAGUUUUAUUUAUUAGCUGUAGAGAUAUGUCCAGAGCAUCUUCAUGCAGUUGAAAAGUUAUGUGUUACUGUAUCUUGAUAGUGAUAUCUGAUUCUUUUCUCAUUACA